AUGGAUAUGAAUUUCGGUUUUUGUGAUGAUACAUUCUUUGAGCAAGGGAAUAAAUCAACAGAUAAAGAGAUAGAAGAAAUAAAAAAAAAUGAGUCAAUAGAAACAAUAACAAAAAACAAAGAAAUAGAAGAAGAAAAAGCAUUACCCAAAGAAUUAUGUGUACCUGUUACUAUUAAAUUAUUAUUAAAUAAAAUGAAGAAUAGUGAAGAAUUUAAAAUUCACGAUUUUCAAAUUAGCGGUAUUAUUGUAUUUGGAAAAGUGUGUAAAAUUAAGGAAUUAGCUAGUGCAAUUAUCUUUGAAAUUUGUGAUUACACAGGUAAUAUUGAAGCAAAAUAUAAUAAAGACGCAAAAAAUGAAAAAGUUCAAAAUCAUAUAGAAAAUAUAAAAGUAAAUGAUCAUAUUAAAGUAGUUGGUGUUGUUUAUUCUCCUGAAAGUAAAAGUGAAUCUAUACAAAUUAGCGUUUCAUAUAUAAACAAAGUAGAUGAUUGGCUCUCUUAUUUUUCAUAUUUCACCUCUGAUGUAAUAUAUUGUUACUUAAAACUAUUAAAAUUAAAAAAUAUUUACACUCCUAAUGGAAUUAACAAUGAGGAAAAGCCGUGGUCUCAUAUAACUUUAGAUUCUUACUAUAACCAUUUAGAUGACAUUGAUACUGAUAUUAUAAAAUAUUUACAUACAAGAGAUGAGAAAUAUGCAAAUCAGCAAGAUAUUUUUAAUAAUCUUCAAAAAUAUCAUUCAGAAAUUAAUAUAAAAAAAUCAUUAACAAAACUUAUUGAGCAGUACGAUUUAGCUCAAUAUGAAGAUAUCAUAAGUAUACCAUAA